ACCCCACCCCCGCCGUACCACCGACAUCGCCGCCGGAUAGAUAAUCCCAGCCCAGCCCGAAUCCAACCAGACCCGAUCCCCACGCGCAUUCCCUCCGCUCCCCGCCCCGGAUCCGACCGUCCACCCGACCGCGCCGCGCGACCGCCGGGGGAGGGAGAGCAUGGCGAGUGGGGGCAGGACGGAUCUGGACGGCGCCGCCGUGGCGCCGCUGACCAUCUGCGUGAUCGGCGCCGGCGGCUUCAUCGGCUCGCACCUCUGCGAGAAGCUCAUGGCCGAGACCCCGCACGUCGUCCUCGCCGUCGACGUCUACUGCGACAAGAUCCGCCACCUCGUCGACCCGCCCCCGCCCCGCCUCGCCGGACGCAUCUCCUUCCACCGCCUCAACAUCAAGAACGACUCCCGCCUCGAGGGCCUCAUCAAGAUGGCCGAUCUGACGAUAAACCUGGCGGCGAUCUGCACGCCGGCGGACUACAACACGCGGCCGCUCGACACCAUCUACAGCAACUUCAUCGACGCGCUCCCGGUGGUCAAGUACUGCUCGGAGAACAGCAAGCGUCUGAUCCACUUCUCCACGUGCGAGGUCUACGGCAAGACCAUCGGCAGCUUCCUCCCCAAGGACCACCCCCUCCGCAAGGAACCUGAAUUUUAUGUGCUGACAGAAGAUGAGUCACCCUGCAUCUUUGGUCCAAUCGUGAAACAGAGAUGGUCCUACGCGUGCGCAAAGCAGCUUAUCGAGAGGCUUGUUUUUGCUGAAGGCGCAGAAAAUGGCCUUGAAUUCACGAUUGUGAGACCUUUCAAUUGGAUUGGGCCAAGGAUGGACUUCAUUCCUGGCGUUGAUGGUCCUAGCGAGGGUGUUCCUCGGGUUUUGGCUUGCUUCAGCAACAAUCUCCUCCGCAGAGAGCCCCUGAAGCUUGUCGAUGGCGGCGAGUCCCAGAGAACUUUUGUUUACAUCAAGGAUGCCAUUGAAGCUGUUCUUUUGAUGAUUGAAAACCCUGCUCGAGCCAAUGGUCAUAUCUUCAACGUGGGGAACCCUGACAAUGAAGUCACUGUUAGGGAGUUGGCUGAAAUGAUGACAGAGGUCUAUGCUAAGGUCUCAGGAGAGCCCCCGCUGGAGGAGCCUGUGAUCGACGUGAGCGCAAAAGAAUUCUACGGCGAAGGGUACGACGACAGCGACAAGAGGAUCCCCGACAUGACCCUGAUCAACAAGCAGCUAGGGUGGAACCCCAAGACCCCUCUCAAGGACCUGCUGGAGACGACGCUGACCUACCAGCACAAGACCUACAAGGAAGCCGUCAAGACGCAGAUGUGUCUGGCCACGGCGACGCCUUCAAGCUAGACGAUGACGGCGCAGCUAUGCUGCUCUUGAUCUUUUGGAAGCCAGAUACUUAUAUCGUAGUGAAACCGUCGUCGUCGUUUUUGUCGCGCCUCUAGAUCCCACCCACCUAUCUUCUUACCUACCUAGAUUCGUCAUUGUGUAACCCUAUAUCGGGCAAAGGGAACUGAGUAUCUGAGUAUCUAUUACAUAUACCUGUGGUGGCAGUGUUUGUUA